AUGGCUGUCAACAUGGCCGAUGAGGAACUUUUCAAAAGGGCCAUCUCUGGGUAUCGGGACGCUUUCUUGGAUCGGCAUUCUCACCUCUCGGAACCAGAGCGCAACGAACUUUGGAGUCAACAGUUAAAUCAGUUCAUGCCCGCCGCGGCCGCAGUAUCUUCCCCCAGCUACCGCCCGGUUUCUGGCUCUGGUAUCCUUGACAAUGGUGGUUCAUCUCUCGAGAAAUCUGGGAAACGGACUCGACAGGAUACUCCGCGGACUCUACCUGGUUCUGGUCUUCCUCCGACGAAACGACGAGUCACCACUCCGGAACCUCCGGUGACCGUUGACUUGACGCGCGAUUUGUCGCAUGCGUCCUCGCCAGCUGCUCCUCAGACGGUCCGGAAACUAUCUAGAUCGAAUUCUCGGAAGGAGAACUACUCCGGCUUGGGUCCCUCCCGGCACACGGCCAUGGUCCGCUCGCAGAGUCAACAGACUCCGGUCUCCCAUCGACCUUCGCUGGCCUCCCCCGUAACGGGACAUCGACACUCCUAUGGACCCCAGCGCAUCCAUCGCCGCCUUGACCACGUCAACGAAUAUUCCCCGUCCGAAUAUGCAAAGCAAUACUUGGAUGACUACCAGGCCCAAGGCGGAGUCUCCGCACUUUCGAUGGCGCUUUCUACGGAUACCACGGCGACUGGAGCCCAGCCCUCGAAUCCAUCCUUCGUCCCACAAUAUCAUGGACAAUCGGAUCUGGUUCCCAACCUGACUGGUCUAGGGAAUCCACCUUUGGUUGACCAACCGGCCCAACCGGUGUCGGCCGCAGUGGAGAUGAGUAGAACCCCUACUACCGACUCACUGUGCGGAGGUAUGGGAAUGAUGAGAUUUGAUUCUUCCGGACCACAUCUCAAUCCAAACUGCUCGUUUCCUUUUCCAUCCUCAGACUUCAUUCCCUCCACGUCCCCUAUGAACGUUCCGUUUACCAACCCCUUCACAUCCGCACAGCGCGACAUGGAUCAUGUCUCGUUCCCUUUAACUGAAUAUUCCGCCCCAGCCUUCUCUUGCUCUGCCCCCCCUGCUACAUCCUUUGCACCACCCGUGUCCACUUUUUCUUCGUCCCCGGCAACAGAGAUGAAGCAUUCCAUGUCUUCCGAUAGUAGCAGCUCGUCUCUGUCUCAACCCUCAAGGGCGGCUCGGAGGACUCAGGAACAAAUUGUUCAGGGCGCCAGACCCAUUGCUCCAAAAGUGGAAUCGCAGAGCAUGUCUCCUCCUAAGGCGACUGAGCAGACUAAGAUGAUACGUAUCUCAUCUUCUGAUGGGACUUCCAAAGAGGUCGCAGCCAUUCCUAAGGCCUCGAUCCAGCGGCCCCCGCGCCAAAAGACGUAUUGCACUAUGUGCAACGACCAGCCUGAUGGCUUCCACGGGGAGCACGAGCUGCGACGUCACAUUGAGCGGGUCCACGCCGUGGUUCGCAAAGUUUGGGUCUGUGUUGAUAUCUCUCCUGGAAAGACUUUCUUGGCCAACUGCAAAGCUUGCCGGAAUGGAAAGCGAUAUGGUGCUAACUACAACGCUGCCGCUCACUUGCGUCGGACCCAUUUCAACCCCUGCCAGCGUGGCAGGGGCGGACGUGGGAAAGAUAGUGAGAAGCGCGGUGGCAAGGGCGGUGGCAAUCACCCACCGAUGGAGGUCCUUAAGCACUGGAUGGUGCAGAAGGAGGAAGUAGUUCUUGAGAACGCUCAAAAUUUUAUUGACCAGGAAGCACUAGGUGAUGAUCUAGUUGCGGCACCACCCCCUGUUUCUGCAGAGGAUAUGAUGAAUGGGUUGCCCACAAUCUCCCCCGAAGACUUUCCAGUCCCAGGGCUGGGGUCAACAUUGACGAAUGGGUAUGAUACAUUGUCUACCUUUCCUGUGAUGGGGCUGGAACCAUCGCUUGAUGCGACAUGUUUUCUCGAUGCUCAGCCUUUAGUUCCUGAGAUCGACUCGUAUGUGUGA